UGACGCACGUUUACAAACUUUCAGAACUGAAAGAAAUUCAAAUGGUUUUAAUUAGGAAAAUGUUUCGCAAAGGAUGGAUUGAGAUCUAUCAGCAAAACUAUUAAAACUAACUGAAUAAUAUCUCGGCUUUUUGAAAAGCGAUCGAAAUAGUUCACGACACUUUAAUAGUGUUUAAUUAAUAAUUAAUUAAGGGCAUAACGUUCAAGUUUCAAGGACGGCGCGGCAACAGGUUGACAUAGUCAUGUCAUCGGGAUGGAUUAAAGUAGGCGGAGUUGCUCUGGCAUGUGGACUUGUUUCAGAAGUUGUGUACUUCCUUUAUAAACGAUAUCGUAAACGCGGUUGGCAGUAUAAAGGUCAAAGCGAAAGUGAAAGUAGAAAAGAGAUCGAAGAAGUUCUUUUCUUUCCGGACUCUCAGGUAGCUUGUAGGAAUUAUUUUGUUGGCGAUCACGGUUGUGAUAAUAACAAUUGUCGAUUUACGCACAUUCCAAACUCUCUUAGCCGGUUAUAUGAGUUCAUUAAUUCCGCGAAGAAAUCAGUCGAUGUCUGCGUAUUUAGUAUAUGCUGUACUGAGCUGGCAGAUUUGCUUAUAGAACUGAACAAGAGAAACGUUACAGUCAGGGUUAUUUGUGAUGAUGAACAGAUUAAUAUUAGAGGAUCUCAGAUAUGGAAACUCAGAAAAGAAGGAAUAAACGUAAGAACAGACAACUCUUCCUACUUGAUGCACCACAAGUUUCUGAUUAUUGACGAUUCUCUCCUCCUGAAUGGUUCAUUCAACUGGACACGACAAGCUAUCUCUGGGAACCAGGAAAAUCUAAUGGCACUUAAUAAUGCUCGUAUUGUUUCUCUAUAUAAAGCCGAGUACAAGAAGUUGUGGGAAAAGUUUGAUCCAAAGAAUACAUCUCCUUUAUAACGAACAGAUAAUAAUAAGUAGUAAAUAUUUAAAAGAACCUGGGUAGCUUGCAGAAACUAAUCUCAGUAAAGCAUAUGAGAUAUUUAAUUCAUAGAAGUGAAUCCGUCAAACGGCACAUCAGGAAAUCUAACUGAAUGCUUUAAAUUUAUGUAUUGCAUUGCUUGUGAAUUUACUGUCAUUUAGGUUUGUCUAAUACAUGUACUAUCAUGUGCCUUUAAGAAUUUCAAUUUUAAUUCUAGAAAUUGAAGUUAUUGUAAAUGUAGUUUUCAUUGUUGUUGAAGUCUUGUUAAAAAGUUUAAAUUAGUAACUAUCAGAGGUAGUAAUACUUCUGCUUUGUUGUGUGAACCGGGUUGUAAAAUACCAUUUUUUGUAACAAAUUUUUAUUCCAUGAACUAAGCAACAUAAACUACUUUUAUAAUGUUGAUGUUCACUUAUUUAUUGUGACCUUGCGAUGAGUAAUGACAUGUCACCGAUGUGUAUAUCUUCGUUUAUA